AUGCCGAUGGAAACUGAGUACUGAAGUUUUGUUGUGAUUUCUGAUCCUUACAUUUUGUAUUUCUUUAGUUUGAUUCAUUUAGUGGAACAUGAGAGAGAGAGAGAGAAUCAGGUAUGGCUCAACAUGUUGCAACAUGAUCUACAAUGACUUCACACAGAGCGGAGAAGAGGUGUGUGUGAGAGCUGAGAGAACAAGCAGGAGACAGGGAAGUGAAGUUAAACAGGCACAGGAGACGGUAAUGGAAGUGUCUUUUCUGUCUGGUGUAAAGAAAAAGUCAUCUUUGGAUUGUUUCUGUGUGUCUCCUGAGAGCUCGGGCCCUCGGCGUGGGGCGAUGAAGGGUGGACUCUGGCCCACAGGACUGCUGCUCUGCUUCCUCGGUGUCUGUGCCUGUCUGGAAGAAGACUGCGUCCUCGGUAUAGUCGGCCGGCCGGUCUUGCUGCCCUGUUUUUACUCUCAGUUGACCUUUGUGAACGUUUCCAUCGAGUGGAGGCGGGAUGAUCAGGUGGUGCUCAGAGCCAUGUGGAGGGAUGACGGAGAUGUGGAGGAGUGGAGCAUUAACAGAGCCAGCGUCUCAGCUGAAGCUUUACUGACCGGAAACAUCUCUAUGGAGCUGCCCUCAGUGGAUCCUGAAGACAACAAAACAAACUACAGUGUGUUCAUCAUUUCAGGGGACAAUCGGAGUGCUGCUCUGUGCAGUGUGUGUCUCAGGAUAGCAGCCAGUUUCAGCUUCCCUCUCCUGCAGAGGGGGGAGGCAGCGCAUGGGAACGAGACCAGCUUCCUCUGUCAAUCUAGAGGUGGAUUUCCUGAACCUGCAGUUCACUGGCUAAUAGACAACACCGCAGAGCCCCCUAAAGGCUCAGUGAAGACCCUCAUUACAUCACUCCCAGACUCCAAACUAUUUAACAUUACAAGCCACCUGACGGUCAACAUUUCCAAAGACUCCAGCGUGUCGUGCGCCAUAGAGAACCCAGGCAUGAACGAAACUCUGACAUCAACAAUCUAUGGAGCAGGUGGCAGCCCGGUGGUGAGCAGAGCAUCAGAGGCCAUGUGGAUCUUCAGCACGGUCCUCUCUGUGGUGGUUGGGGUCAUGGUGAUAGUCGGAGUCUGGUACCAGAUUCACCUGGACAGGAUAAGUAAGAGGAAGGGGAAGGAAUUCCAAUACCAACAAACACACGGCAACAGAGGAUACAAAAGGAGAAGUCCGAACAAGGAGGAGACGGAGGCGAUGAAACCGGAAAAAAAGGAGACGGAUGUGUGAAAAUCUGAGUCCAAAAAAAGCCUCAACAGCUGAGGCAACAGAGCACUGAACUGUAAAUGUGUUUGGGUACCUCUGCACUAAUCGAUACAAGUGAUGGGUUUCUGACACAGACAAUGUAAAUAUAAAAACAGGUACCAUCCCUUCACUUGAUGAAACUUUCUCUUUUGUUUACUGAACUCUUCAUGUUUUUUCAAGCUUGAAUAAAAAAAUGCUCAAAAUGUCA